CAAUAUUUAGAAAACCAGUUCAGUAACUUUAUGUUAAAUUAACCAAUCCUCAAUUAUUGCAAAUAGUGAGUUUUAUGGUUAAAUAGAAAGGAGUCAUCAGAAGCAGUUAAUUUACAGUCAUCCAAAAGUCUAAAGAGAAAGGCCAUGGAUGUGGAUUCACAGUACACCCCUGGAAAGAUAAGUAUCUCUGAAAGGUCCAUCCUUUCAGGAAAGAAGGCUGUUGAGAAUACAGAUUACCCACACUACUAUAAUCUCUUAAGGAAAAUGAACAUGCCUUUUGUGAAGGGAGUUGAAGACAGACAUAACUAUGGCAGAAUAGAAAAGAAAUGCAACCCGACUUUUCUUAAAUUUCACCCUUAUCCACCUUCAGUCUUGCCGGACUACCAUUUACACUAUCCUUAUCCCCCACCAUAUGGGCGAGAUUAUCCAUUAUUUCCACUUCGGGAUGAUGUGCCCUUGGGUGAUUCCUGUUCAGGGUUUUUGAGUCCUGGUGGUGAUGCUGACUUAAAGCCUGGCAUUGGCAGAACCAUACCAAGUCUAGUGGACUUCAGUGAUGUGAAACCACAACAUCGAGUUCCCAGGCCAGACACAGGAUUUCAAACAACACUGAAAAGACAAACCAUUUUAUUAGAAGAACUAAAACAGGACAGGAGAUGGAAUUCCAGGGCAAUACCAGACAUUUCCAUCAGAGCAAGACUUGGAGGUUGGACAAGCCCGCUGAAGGUCACUCCUCUACCACCUCAUCAUGAAGUAUGCUCAGUCAAUCACACGUAUGCCUUUGAUGAAGAAUCAACGUGUACGGAGGAUGGGGAACCGCUUUUACAACCAGACAGGAAAUACAGUUCAAAGGACUCAUUUUACAAGUCCUCAACUCAAAAAGCCUAUGAAGUUGUUCCUUGGGACAAGAUGCUACCACCAAAACUCGAUCCAGAAGAAACAACAGUGGAAAAAGCUGCUGACCUGAUUUCACAGUGUUUUACACUGAAAAGAUAUGAAGGGACCCCAGCAAUAACCCAGGUGGUUGGUGGACUCUGGGACAGAUUUCAAACAAGAUCCUUCUUGACACCGGUCAAGCCCAUUACUUUCGUGAGUCCAAGUUCCAGAAGCAAAUACAUUCCUCUUUAUACUGGUUACGUGCAGUCCACAAAUGCCGAUGACGUGGACGACCCCUUUGGAGACAUCACAUCUAUCACCAAGCCUCGGAGCUCUAAAACACUCUAUACAAACACAAGUCGCUCUGCCAAUAUUCCAGGAUAUACCGGGAAGGUUCAUUUCACAGCCAGACACCCCGCCAAUUCUGAUAUUCCAUCAACAACCCCAUCACCAGACUCAGAAGUUCACCGCAUCUUACGGAAAGAAAUGAAAGUUGAUGUCUUCCGUCACCAGGCACCGCUGUCUCAAAUGGUCACAAAUGUAAAACCUUACAAUCCCUUCAAUAAGAAGCAACAAGAAACUGUAGGCUAUUGACAAAGGCCUGCCCUCUGAGUGGGACUUAGAAACCUCAGUCUUGGUGAGGCACUGCAUUUGGUGUGAUGGGGGAAUAAAAGACCUGGUCUUGUUCUGGGUGUGUCC